GAAAAAUGAGCGGAGUGGCGAAGAAGAUAGCCGAUGUGACUUUCAAGGCCGGGAAGACCAUCGAUUGGGAAGGCAUGGCGAAGUUCGUCGUCUCAGAUGAGGCUCGCAAGGAGUUCGCCAAUCUCCGCCGUACUUUUGAUGAAGUCAAUUCCCAGUUGCAAACUAAAUUCAGCCAGGAACCAGAGCCCAUAGACUGGGAAUUUUAUAGAAAGGGGAUUGGAUCUAAAUUGGUUGAUAUGUACAAAGAGGCAUAUGAGAGCGUUGGGAUUCCAAAAUACGUUGAUACAGUUACACCGGAGUACAAGCCAAAAUUUGAUGCUUUGUUGGUAGAGCUCAAAGAAGCUGAGCAACAAUCACCCAAAAAGUCUGAAAGACUGGAGAAGGAACUUGUUGAAUUUCAAGAGCUGAAGAAGAAACUCAGUACCAUGACAGCAGACGAGUACUAUGAGAAGCACCCAGAACUCAGGAAGAAGUUUGAUGAUGAAAUCCGCAACGACUACUGGGGAUACUAGAAUUGAUUGGAGACUCAGCUUCUGCUUAAGCCUUUUGACUUCA